AUGAUUGUUCCUAUACGAUUAACUUGUGGAUUAUACUCGAAUAUGUUAUUUUUUGAUAAUAUUCUUUCCUUACUGACUGUCUUGUUGAGCAGUGUACAUUUUCUGUUUUAUACGAGAGCUCUUAAAUUCGUUGGCCCUUUUGUGUUAAUGAUUUAUACAAUACUUUCACGGGAUUUAAGCCGUUUUAUGCUUAUAUAUUCAAUAUUUCUCAUCGGAUUCUCUCAAUCAUUUUAUGUAAUUUUCCAAGCAUGUGAUCGAGCACACAAAUUACUUCACGGAAGUGAUUCGAUACAGUGGGUGAAUAUUCUGGACACUCCGUUUGAAGCUAUUAUGAGAUUAUUUAUUAUGACUAUCGGUGAAUUUACUAUUUUUUACCGAUCAUUAAAUUCAUGUGAAGAAAAAUUAAUGCAAGCAAUUGGCAAAGUAAGUAUCAAAUACAUAAUGCAAUUUAAUCUUCUAAUUGCUAUGAUGACCCGAACAUAUGAAACGAUUUCUCGAACUUCAGCAGAAUGGAAAAGACAAUCAUUUUUUAUUGCUAAAUUACAGUGGGCUCAAGUAAUUCUGCUUUUGGAAUUAUCAUUAAAACCGAAGGAACGACUCAGCGCAAUGCUUAAAUAUUCUCGGCCAAUUGGUACUGAUAAAACUAAACGCUCAUUUGUAGUAGCGAAAAAAACUGCGAGAGAUUCCAUGUCAAAAACUGAAAAGCAGUUACUUGAACAAAAAGAGCGUGAUUUACGUGAAGAAAAACGGGCAUUGUUGAAAAGACGUUUAAAAGAUUUUGUACAAAAUCCAGAUCUUCGAAGACCAAUUACAUCGUACUUACAACAAACAACUAUGCAAAAUAUAAUGCAAAAGAAAAAUGAGUAA